GAGUCCAACACAGCAGAAAAGAUUUCUCACACGAGUUCAAAAUGGAGGCAAAUGGACCGAGAUGUGUUGUCAAGGCUCGGCCAUUCAAGAACAAGCGAAUCUGUUUUGAGAGAAUUGAAAAGUUCAUCUCGCCGACUUAUUUUAGCGAUGUUAAUUUCUAUUCUCGGCUGUAUCCAGAAAAGAAUGCAAAUCCAGAAUUUCUUGGUCAUUACUCAGCAGGGGAAAAGAGGUUUAUGAAGUACAAAGAGGUUACAACAGAAAAAUUUAAUGCUGUAAAAGUUGGUGAUUCAUUUGGUCAUACAUGGUCAACACACUGGUUUAAAGUAAAGUUCACAAUACCAGAAUCAUGGAGAGGCCAAGAAGUUAGGAUGAGGUGGAACUCUGGUUCAGAGGCAAUGGUAUGGAAGGAUGGAAUACCAAUGCAGGGCCUCACUGGAGGGGAUGGCCAAGUGAGGACAGAUUUCAUUUUGACAGAAAAUGCAGAUGGAAAAGAGAGAUUUGAGCUGUACAUUGAAAUGGCUGCCAAUGGGAUGUUUGGAGCUGGGAAAGAUGGGAUGAUAAACCCACCUGAUUAUAAUCGCAGUUUCACUCUUUCUAUGGUUGAGAUUGCAGUUUUAAAUAGGAAAGCAUACAAAAUUAUCAGAGAUUUAAAGAUUUUGUUGGGCAUCGUCAAGCAACUUCCUGACGACGAUCAACGUGCUUGGCAAGCUUUGUACACCGGAAAUGACGUCACCAAUUGCUUUCAACCAGAAACUAGUGACAGCUACGAAAGAGCUACUGCAAUUUUGGAUAAUUUUUUCAAGCAGAGUAAUGGUGACAGUCAACACACCGUUCACGCUGUUGGGCAUUGUCACAUUGAUUCAGCUUGGUUAUGGCCGUACGACGAGACAAUUCGCAAAUGCGCCCGCAGCUGGUCUUCCACAAUCGGGCUCAUGAGGCGAUACCCAGAUUUCAAAUUUGCCUGCUCUCAGGCGCAGCAGUUUGAGUGGGUAAAAGAUCACUAUCCAGAGCUGUACGAAGAAUUAAAGUUAUUUGUGCGCAAAGGCCAAUUUUUACCAGUUGGUGGGACAUGGGUUGAAAUGGACGGCAACCUGCCCAGCGGAGAAUCUUUCGUGCGACAGUUUCUGUAUGGCCAACAAUUUUUCAAAAGCGAGUUCGGUACAAGUUCUAACGUGUUUUGGCUUCCCGAUACCUUUGGUUACUCGGCACAAAUUCCACAGAUAAUGCAACAAUGUGGCAUGCAAUAUUUUGUGACCCAAAAGCUAAGCUGGAGUUUGAUUAACAAGUUUCCGCACAACACCUUCAUUUGGCAAGGAAUUGAUGGGUCGAGAUGUCUGACACAUUUUCCUCCAGCUGAUACUUACGAAUCUAAUGGAGGGGCUGAUGACGUUCUUAAAUCUUCUACAAACAACAAAGACAGAGGAUUAGUUAACGACAGUUUGUUAUUGUUUGGCUUUGGGGAUGGUGGCGGUGGACCAACGGAAGAUAUGAUUGAGAGUUUGCAACGGAUGGAAAAUGUCGAUGGAGUUCCAAGGGUUACAUUUUCUGAGCCGUCGAUAUUUUUUGACAAAAUCGAGCCAGCAACAGAAAAACUCAGUGUUUGGGUCGGAGAACUUUAUCUCGAGCUCCACCAAGGAACUUUCACAACGCAUGGCAUGGUAAAGAAGAUGAACAGAAAAUGUGAAAUCAAAUUGCAUAACACCGAAUUUGUAUCCACAAUGGCAUGGAUAAAAGAUAAAAUGAAGCCUGCAUCCUAUCCUACAUUGAAGCUUUUUACUGCAUGGAAGUACCUGAUGUUAAACCAGUUUCAUGAUGUUUUGCCUGGGACAUCAAUUAAAGAGGUUUAUGAUGUUGCCAUCAAGUACUAUAACGACAUUUUGUUGUCUACCCAAGCACUUACGGAGAAAGCAUUGGGAAUUUUGUCUCACCACCAAGAAGCAUCACAAAAGCACAAAUUUCCAGCUCUCCUAAACACAUGCAGUUGGGACAGACAGGAAGUUGUACAUGUGAAGUCAAGUAUCCUCAACAAAGCGAUGGGCAGUACGCAGGCAUCUGACGUGGGUGGGCGCUUUGCCCUUGUUGAUGUCCCCUCGAUGGGAUACGCUGAAAUCUCACCAAAGGCGGUUUCUCGUGAAAACGAGGCCAGAAUAGCUAUGGAAGGAAGUUUUGUUGUUUUGCAAAACGGUAUUGUCGAAGCAAAAUUUAAUACCUGCGGUCAAAUGAUCUCCUUGCAGCUGAAGUCCGGCAAACGGGAAGUAUGCAAUCCUGGACAGCCUGGCAAUCAGCUUGCUAUUUUUGAUGACAUUCCUCUGUUUUGGGAUGCUUGGGAUGUUAUGCCGUAUUAUAAAGAGACUAGGAGAGUAGUUGAUGAUGUCACCCAGUUUUCUGUAAUUGAUAAUGGACCGCUUCGAGUCUCUUUUGAGGUUUCGAUCAAGAUAAGUGAAGUGUCAGAUCUUAAGCAGAGGAUUUCACUCGAUGCAGAAUCGCCUUUCGUCAGAUUUGCAACAUCGGUAAACUGGCACGAAAACAGAAAGUUCUUGAGAGUCGACUUUCCAGUUGAUGUGCUUUCUGAUUAUGCCAGCUACGAGAUCCAGUUUGGGCACGUGAAAAGACCUACGCAUGGAAAUACGUCUUGGGAUUGGGCGAAAUAUGAAGUUUGUGGCCACAAAUGGGUUGAUUUAUCAGAACAUGAUUUCGGAGUUGCUCUCCUAUCUGAAUGCAAAUAUGGAUAUUCAGUUACAAACAAGACCAUGGCUAUUUCAUUGUUAAGAUCACCGAAGUCCCCGGAUGAUACUGCAGAUAUGGGAUGUCACGAAUUCGAGUAUGCAGUAAUGCCUCAUAAUGGAACUUUGCAGUCAGCAAGAGUUAUUCAAUAUGCAUAUAACUUCAACAAUGUGAUGCAAGAAUUUAUUCAUAGUGAAGAAGAUAAAUUGAGAUCGUUCUUCCAAGUGUCAUCUCCAGCUGUGAUUCUAGAAACUGUCAAGAAGGCAGAGGACAUGGAUAAUGCAAUAAUUCUUCGACUGUACGAGGCUUACGGAGGAAAGGCAUCCACAGUUUUGAAAACAACACACAUCAUUUCAAGGGUUUGGAGAUGUAACAUGUUAGAGGAGCCUCAAAACAAGUUGGAAGUGGACCAAAGUGUUGGAUGUAAGAUUGAACUGUCGCCCUUUGAGAUAGUAACAUUGAUACUUGAAUUGAAAUGACAAUUUCCUACCAUUUUCAUUACAAAAUUUCAAAAAGCAAAUUUUGUAACCAAGACCAUAUUAUUGUAAGGAAUCCAUAUAGUCGGGGGGAGGGGUAUAAUUCAUAGAUGUGUGAUAUUUUGGGGGGCGAAUAAUUCAUAAAUGUGUGUUAUUUUGGGGGGCGAAUAAUUCAUAAAUGUGUUAUUUUUGAAAAAGGUAUACCAUUUAUGUAUUUUGUGUCAUCGCUAUUAUGGUAAUCAUAAUCAUAUCCUAAUCAUAAAAAUCAUGAUCACCAUCACAAUUAUUUCAAUCAUUUUCUAAUAAAUUUAGUCCAGAGUUUAUGUUAUAAUAAGAUUUUAUUUUCCACCCAGACUUUGGAUGGGUCCACAAUGCCACAUAAAUUUUAACCUUUUCACUGAAAUUUGGCUUCCAUAAAUAUAAGCUGUAAUGCAUAAAAAAACAAUUAACCCUUUUGACACUUGGCAUAAAGAAGAACAAAGCCCACAGAUUAUUGGGGGCUAAUGGUCAAAGACUUGAGGAAGGCCAAUGAAAACAAAGGGAGUUCAAAUGCCUCAACCAAACCCUACUAACUUUUUUCCUUAGUUUUCUAGUGAAAGUUUUUCCAAAGUUUCCUGAAAAAUUGUCUAUCAAAAAAUGAGCACUCUCCCAGACCCUUGCCAGUUUUUAAAUUGGAUCUUACAAAAUUACUCACGACUUUUAUUAAAUAAACCUACAGUGUUUCUGCAAGAGUUUUGUGGCAAGCUAUCAACUAUAAAUGGUGUGUAAAAUUGUCAGUCAUGUAUGAGUUUUUAAAAUCACACUAACCAGACUUCCUUUUCCUUAUCUGUUUUCGGUUAGUGGGGAUUCAAUUUUUUAGGGGAGGGUUUUGGGGGUGAUUAACGGCAAUAUUUUUCUAAAUAUCCUGACAAAGAAGAAAAUUUGUUCCGUAAAGGGCCAAUAGUCCCUGCCCCAAGCCACAGGACCCCUGGUUGGUCCUCAAAUUACUUAAGAUUGUAAAAUGUUUGCAUGUCUGAUAAUAAAUUUCAAAAGUAAAAUGGUAGUUCUCCUCAGAAAUUACCUUACAGAGAACACUAUACUUCCUAAAAUAUUCAAAAUACAAAUUUUCGAAAACAAAUUUACUAACUUAGUCAACUCUUAUAAAAUAUAUAAUAUGAACAUUUACACAAAUACACAAGAGCAUGAUGAUCAAUUAGGCAGAUGACUACAGUAAUUAAAGUGCAUCUAUGAACAACUUUUAGGAAAAGCUUGCUAGCAUUUUGAUUAAUAGCACAAAAUCACCAUUACUUUGAGCAAUAGCAACUUACUAAAAACACUAUGAAAGCUCUAUUCUAGACAAAUUUUGAAACUGUGCAACUGCUUUAAUUUAGAAUUUUAUGAUCAUAUUGAAAUAUAAACCAAUUCAGACAAUUUUCAGACUGUUUAUUCAAGGACUAUAAAAGUGGAGAAAAUUGAUGUUAAAUGAAUAAUUUAUAGUGGCUCAUCAAUUAAAUUAUUUCUUUUAGAUAAUAUUUACAUUUAAAUUCUUUAAAAUCAAAAAUUACUGUUUUCCUAACAAUUAUCUUGCUUACCUUUAGCUGCAAUCAGCUGUCCACUGUCCAGUCUAAUAACUUUCUCAAAAAAUUCUAAUCAAAACACCAACUUGCAAUACUCACCAAAGAUAAUAUCCAGGGAAAGUUUCCUAAAAAACUUGAAGUUUUCAGUUCAGAAAAUUUUUUUAAACAAAUAUGAUUUGUGAAAGGAUAGGCAUGUACAAGUGAUAAUGUUUGGUAUGUAAAAGGUCUGGGAGAAAUUAUAAGUACCUGUAGUUUGCUGUAAUUUUGAGCAGACAAAUCGUCCCAUAACUCCUGUUUAUCAAAUCUAAAUUAAAUAUGUCUCAUUGGAAUUUAGUAAAAUAGGAAAUGAACCACGGCCAUUUGAAAGAGGCAAUAUAACUAAGACUUUUGCAACAAAAUUUGCAACAAAGAGUAAAAAAAUAGGUAUAUAUAUAUAAUGUAUUCAUUUGUUGUACAAUACUUUAGAACACCAAUCUGAAUCUGAAACAGCUACCUGACAAGAAAUUGGCAUCAGGGUUUAAAGACUAAAAAGCAGUUGUGCUACACAUUUUGGGUAUUCUUGGGAAAUGACCUCCGACUGUUCAAUAAACAUAUAUGGGAAAUAAUGAGGUAAAAUUUUAGAGGCUGCAAUCAGGUUGAUUUAUUAGUUUUGAAAAAAAAUUAAAGUACUGUUUUAUCACAUAUUAAAAUACAAACCUGGUUUCCUUGUCUUUACAUCAUAUAUGGAGCCACGCUUCUGAAGCAGUACAAUUUCAAAAGACACUGUACAGCAUCCUUCCAACCUCAUUUGGGUCUUAACAUAAGUUAAAGAUCAUUAUUUUCACCAAUGAUGCACUACCAAAGUUGCAUGAAAUGGAUUUUUUGAUGUUUCACCUAUACGCAAAUGGUACAUGUUUCACAUUGGUAUUUUCAUGAAGUUUAGAAGGUGCUGUUUCAAAUAAAUAUGCAGAGCACACAGGAUGGGAUUCUUGAAAAUGCCGAGAAUAACAUGUACGGUUUAAAAUAAAGUAAUGAUAUGGUUGCCUCACUUGAGAAUUUGCACACUUCUGUAAGGUGUAAGGCGUUUUCCGAAAACAAAUAUGAUCAACUACGUAUUCUCCAGAGCACUGCACCUGUAUGGGCUCGCGAUAUAAUUCUAAAUACCAUAUAAAUUCUGCCUUAAAAUCAUUCUUUGAAGAUUUCUCAUUAGCUUUGCAGAAUCUGGAAACAUAUGGAAUACACAUAGUGACUUGUAG